UCUGAGAGUCCAAAGCGGCCACACAAAAUAUUUUAAGCUCGUAACUUGCUUUUGUUUACGUGCGUCACUGACAAGAAAUACCACUUUGAGAAUUAAUACCACGUUGACUUCAAUUUUUGCUCCCAUGAAAGAGGAAGAUAAGGUGGCAGGUCCAAGCCUGAUGCUGGGCUAUGAGACCAUCAAGGAAGAAACAUUUCUGUUUGAGGAAUCAGACUGCUUUCAUUAUGAAGGUGACAUUGACUUGGAUUUUAAAACUGAGGAUUCCCCAUAUGAGGAUGAUGAAGAGUCCAACGAAGCAUUGGAGGUGAAUAAUGUACUAAACAAAAACAGUCUAGAAAAGAAUGAGAAGACCAGCCUUAAGAAAGGAAAUCAAUUGACUGAUGGAAGAACAAGAAGUUCUCUGACCUGUAAGUUGUGCACCAAGAAGUUUCGCCGCCCAGGUAACCUACGGAAGCAUUCUCUAGUGUGUGAAGGCGGGGGGCCAUACAUAUGUAGAUUGUGUGGCAAAGAAGUUGCAAACCAAGAGAACCUUGACAGACAUGUUGAAGAAUUGCAUAUGAUAGGAGUUAAGAAAUUUGUGUGCAAUGAAUGUGGGAAAAAAUUCACUCGAAAAGGCAAUCUGAAAUCACAUAUGGUUGUACACACAAAGGCAAAGAGGGAUAAUCAUUUUGUCUGUCAUAAAUGCGAUGAGGAAUUUGAUGACCGAUCCACCCUAAUGAGACAUGUACGAGGACAUGAUGGUCAAGAGUGCAGAGAAUGUGGCAUGAGAUUUUCAAGGGAACGCCUCAGUGUACACAUGGCUAUGCACAUGAGAGAGAAAUGCAGCAAAAAAAAGUUAACCACUAAAGGCAAGUCACAGAAAUGCCUUCGAGAAAUUACAGAAGAAGAGGUACGCAGGAACUCAAGAACAGUUAGUAAGAAGAAAAGGAAAGGGAAGAAAAUUGGUGAAUUAACCAGCAAGAUCCAAAAAAUCAGGAGUAAUCCUUUAUCUGUCAUGUGGAAUGUGUUUAAUUCAGAGUGAUUGUACUAAAACAUGCCUGUAGCACUGCUACCAGCAAGCACUUAGAUUAGGGCAAUUCAAACAAGUCAUAUGAAAUGCAUUUUAUGUUAUAAAUUCUUGAAUUGUCACAAAGUCAUAGGUUAAUGAAGGGUAAGAAACAUGAGGUAAAUUAUAAGAUAAAGAUAACUGUACUAUGUACUGAAUAUGAAGUGCAAAGGUCAUUAUUUAAUGUAUUUUUUCUUAAUGUUAGUGAUUGAUCAAACAAAAGUAAAACACAGAUAUUAUCUCUUGGCUACAGAAAAAUUAAGGCUCUGAAAAGAGUGUAAGAUUUCUUAUUUGUGUUAUCAGAAAGCAGUAGAAUAUAUUACUCUGUAAUGCCUGUAACAGAAAGAAAAAUAUUUUGCAUUAUUUUGCAUGAAACUAUAGAUAUGGUCUGCACAGGUUUUGUUAUCCAGGUAUCUCGCCAUCCACUUCAAACUCUGCAAGAAAGAAAUAAUAUGAGUGAUAAUUAUUCUAGUCAGAAGUAUGGUACAAUAUGUUUUGUGAAAUAAUCAUUGAAAUAUUCUGCAUAGACUAUAAUUUUCUUUGUGUUAUUUUAUUGGUGUACAUGUUACAACACCCAACCAGUCAUCAUUAUGGGGAUUAUAAGGAUAACUGGCAUCCCACAAAAUCAGUUAAGCUAGUCAUCCUUGUUAGACUAAUGAUAUUCUGUAAGACUGGCACUUUUAUAUGUAUAAUUAUAAAACAAAAUGUAUUGAAAAAAAAAAAAAAAUUCACUUGCUGUAUUCCGAGACGAAGAUAUUUGUUGUAUCCUGAUUGAUUGAAUAUUACAGGAAGAUAAAUUUUGAAACUGGCAAAUAAAA